AUGGUGCGUUACCAGCAACUUGAGCGCGAUCCAGCAACGCGAGACCUCUUCAAGAAAAGGAUCACGACACUGAAAGGGUUUCGCCAAAUUUUCGAAAGCUCAUAUCUUCUCGCACUCGACACAGAACAUGUUGCAAUCACAAGUGAAAGAGACCGUGUUCUCCACCAAGUCGGAUUGGCGUUUACCAAGACACUAAAGUCUAGACAUCCUGCAUGCCCAGGGCGGGAACCUGGACUGAUUAAACCAAGGCGACGACUUCGUUAUUUCUUCGAAGAUAAUAACAUGGAAGGACUCACUUUGAAUGUCAACACGAGUAAGGAGCUUGGAGAUGAUGUCCUUCGCGUCGGUCGUCGCGUUGGUGGUCAUGUCGGUUAUCUCAAAGGAAUGCCUACUCGUCGCUCCCACCGCUUUGGCGUGGAAAAGUUCCUCGAUAUUGGGGAUCUGGAGCUUUUCAUCGUAGAGUUCCUCCAGGAUCUACCUAAGGACAAGCAUCUGGUACUCAUCGGCUUCGGGAUGGAAGCAGAGUGGACUUACCUAUCGACAAACUUUCCCGCUGCCAUGCCCUUUUUCUCAGCCUGGAUAGAUCUUCGCGACAUCGUGGUAGAUAUCGCCUCCUCACCUACUGUCUUUUCUCCAAGUCUGUUUACUCUUAUAAAACUCUUUGGCUACUUUUGGCAAGAUGUCAAGCCAGGGCGGGCCUCGGCCGACAAUGCUGGCGACGAUGUCGUCACAACCUUUGCACUGGCGCAUGCUCUCCUUGAUGAGAAGAACCAUGAAACGCUCCGAUUCGAGCACGAGUGCUUCAGAAUAUCUCGUUCGGGCAGAAUCGGGUCUUUUUAUGAUGCAUCCGAAUGUUUCACUGCAACCGUCAGAACCAAGGGAAAACUCCCGCUCAGACUUUCUUCAAGAUUCAAGCUUGCGCGGCAAUUUUUCGAUUUCCAUCCGAUGGGCACUGCGCUAAUGUCUAGUGAGAUGGGGUUAGUGGCUUUUCGGAGCCAAGAUGGUGUUGAUCGUUUUAUUGGCUGUGUAGAUGGGAUGGUGCUACAUACUGGCGAGACCCUUUCAGCUCAACGAUACAUCCAUGCCAACCCAAAUACGCCAGAGGUCGAGAAGUUGAAAGAAGAGAAGCGUAGGAAGAGAAGAAUAAAGAAGGAAGCAUUUAACGAAGAAGUGGUGGAAUUGGGGGGUCUUUUCUCCUGA